AAUUAAAACAGUUGUGAAAAUGACUACUUUGAUAGCGCAAUUAAUUUCAAAAAUGGGACUAAAUGAUGAGCCCAAUGUCUUGGAGAAAACAACAGAACUGUUAAGAUUGCUGGAGCUGCGAUCAACAAAUGUUCCGCUGCAAGUAAAUGAAUAUGGUAAAAUUGUUCUGUGCGCGGAUCUCGCUUCUUCCUUCCUCGGUAUUGGCUUUGACAAAGAGCAAGCACUUAAGCUAUCCGCAUUACGAAAAACCCACUAUGUCAAUAACAAGCGUAUGUUUGAGAAAUUGCUUGAUCUUAACAAGAUUCCCAGUGUCAAUGAUAUUUGUGUACAGCUCAGUCUCAGCGAGGUGACGCGAAAGGCUGAGGAGCUGUUAGCUUUGUUUAAGGCUGUUGUCGGUAACAAUCCUGAUGCAGAUCAUCCACAAUAUGCCGCCAUGGCUGUAUUUCACGCAUGUCGUUUGCUAAAAAAGAAAGUGUCCAAAACUAAGAUUAUGCCAUUCAGCAAUUUGCGUCCCUCGCAAUGGCAACAACUCGAACAUCAAUGGGAACGCAUGAUUGAAAAGCAUCACAAGGAAAUCAACGUUGCAUCCAAGUUAAAUGAUCAGAUUGAUCUUAACCAAGAUAAAAUCAUCAGUGAGAUAAAACAGAAAAGCCACAAGACCGAGAUUGAAGAUUACGAAAAGUGGAAAUCUCGAAUGAUUUCUUUAGCAGAGGCUAAACUAAAACAAAUGGAAAAUGUAGAUUCGAAUGGUAGUUCUUAAGAUCAUCUUUAUUGUCAGUUAUGUAAAUGAUAUUGCUAAUAUCAAGUCUCAGAUUUCGUAAGUCAAGUAUUCAAGUGCUGCAUCCUUAAUAAAUGAUAAUUAAUUCAA